AUGGCUGGCCCAUGGACCUUCCUCCUCACCUGUGCUUUGCUGACAGCCUCUUCAGUACAAGCUACACUCGGUCCCCCUGCAGUUCUCACCAUAGGCCCCGAAGUCAUCAAAGAAAAGUUUACACAGGCCCUGAAGGACCACAAUGCGGUUAACAUCCUCCAGCAGCUCCCGUUGCUAAGCGCUGUGCGAGAGGAGCCUGCCAGGGGCUUUGUGGGCAGCAUCGUGGGCACCAUCCUCAAAUACAUCGUCUGGCUGAAGGUCACCUCAGCCAGUAUCCUCCAGCUGCAAGUGGAACCCUUGGCCAGUAUGCAGGAGAUAGUGGUCAGGGUCCCCAUGGACAUGGUGGCUGGAUUCAAUACACCCCUGAUCCCGACCAUCGUGGAGAUGCACAUGAAGACAGAGGCCCAGGCCAUUAUCCACGUGGAGAGAAACAACCAGGGCCUCCCUCACCUGGUCCUCAGCGACUGCUCCAACAGCCAAGGCAGCCUGAGCAUCAGCCUGCUGCAUAAACUUUCCUUCCUGGUCAACCCCUUAGCUGACAAGGUCAUGAACCUUCUGAUGCCAGCCCUGCCCAAGCUGGUGAAAAGUAAGCUGUGUCCCGUGAUGGAGGCGGCCUUCCAGGAUAUGUACACAAAUCUCCUGCACAUGGUGAAAACACCCGUCUCUCUUGGCUUUAACCACCUGGAGUUCGACCUUCUCUUCCCUGCCAUCGAUUAUGACAUCCAUCUCAACCUGAAGGUCAAGCUGUUGGACUCACAGGGGAAGAUGACCGGUUGGUUCAACACUUCUUCAACAUCAAUAACAGUGCCCACCCUGAACAAUGACUAUUUCAGCUUUGUCGUGAGGCUGGAUGUGGUCAAUGCUGCAGUGGCCGCUUUGCUCCCUCCAGAAGAGCUUGCCGUCCUAUUGGACUAUGUGCUUCCUGAGCUGGCCCGUGAGCUGAAGACGAGCCUCAAGGUGAUCAGUGAAAAGGCUGCAGCGCAGCUGGGGCCCACCCAGAUUGUGAAGAUCUUCACGCAGGAUACCCCCAUAGUCCUGCUGACGCAGGACGGUGCCAAGCUGGCCCAGCAGGUCGUGUUUGAGGUGUUCGCCACCAAUGAAGUCCGCCGCCCCUUCUUCACCCUGGGCAUUGAAGCGAAUUCAGAAGCUCAAUUCUACACCAAAGGUGACCAGCUUAUUCUCAACUUAAAUGAAAUCAAUAUCGAGCGGAUCCAACUGAUGAACACAGGCAUUUCUGACUUCAACCCUGAGCUUCUGAAAGGCAUCAUCACCGAUAUCCUGGUCUCCGUCCUGCUGCCCAACGAGAAUGGCAAAUUAAGAUUCGGUAUCCCAAUUCCAAUGGUGAAGGCUUUCGGAUUUGAGGAAGCUGCGUUGUCUAUGACAAAGGACUCCCUUGUGAUCACCCCGUCACCUCAUAGCACCCAGGACCUCUAUCCUCUCUCCUCCUGA